AUCAGAUGACGCUGUGGGACACAGAUUCGCAAAAAGCUCUAGGAAAGGUAACGGCAAGCGGCCCACUCAUCGAUGAGAGCCGCUUUGUGAGUGGCGGAUUCGAGUCCGGAGGUUCUGUACAGUUGAAGAAAGGCAAGACUUACCGGAUCACCAUCCAACGAGCAUCUUCAGGAUCCUCAACCGUCGACGAGUUGCAAAUAGAUAUGCACUGGUGUCAAUUUUCAAAAUCAUCUUCGUCUAGUGGAGGUGGAGGAGACAACAGCUCAUCGUCGUCCAGUGACCUUGGAGGCACGACUGGUGGGGGAGGUACUUCCUCUCAAAGUGGACCUUCUGGCUCUGCUGGUAGCGGCUCUGCUGUUUGCGGCUUACGUAACGGAAUCGGGGUGUUCGAAAACGUUGUUUGGUCUGUGCGAAAAGGCACUUUUCCGAAAGAUGUGGUCGCGAAGUCGAGGCGUGGACCUAGUUUGGGCAUACUAGUCGACCGACGACAGCUAACAGAGCGGGCGGCGCAAGUCGGAGUGCAGGGGAGAGCGGCGUAUUCCGG